CUUAGUUGACAAAUGUCAUAGUUAAUAUUAUAUAUUUUUGUUGAAAAUUUAGAAGACACUGCCUUUCGUUGGUGUAUUAAUUUUUUUAAAUUAUUUAUAUAUCUUACUGAAUAGUAAUUACAAAAAAAAUUAAAUAAAUAACGUAUCCUAUAAUUUUUAUAUUUGAUAAACAAGUUUUGACACGGUAAAUAGCGAACGUCAUAAGUGAUCAUUAUAAGGCAAUAAUUAGAUUACAGAUUCAAAAUGGAAUCGUCAUACCAGGGAGGUGUAGCGUUUGAAGAUAACGAUAAUUUUCAGCGCCUUUCUCAAACAAUAGCGAGCAAUAUUAAAAAGAUAUCACAAAAUGUCUCAUCAAUGUCCAAGAUGGUCAACCAGCUGCAGACUCCGCAGGACUCCCAGGAGCUUAGAAGCCAAUUACGCCAAAUACAAAAUUAUACUCAGAAGCUGGCAAAAGAUACUUCUUCAAUGAUUAUGGAGCUGAUGAAGCUUAGAACUGAUGUACCGGCGAACAUGCUCACUCGAGAUCGCCUCAGUGAUGAGUACAUGACCACUCUGAAUGCAUUCCAGACGACGCAGCGGGCGGCGGCGCAGAAGACGAAAGACGAUGUGCGGAAAGUGAAGGCGCAAACUAUCAACAUCGGCGACCCGUUCGCCAUCGGCGGCGGAGCCAAGGAUGGGAUGGAGCAGGGCGAGGCGAGUCGAAAGCAGGAGCAGGUGACGAUGCAGUCGCAGCGCGAGCUACAGCAGCUGGAGGAGCGCGAGCGUGACAUACGACAGCUCGAGAGCGACAUAAUGGACGUGAACCAGAUCUUCAAGGAGCUCGGCACGAUGAUCCACGAGCAGGGUGCGGUGGUGGAAUCCAUCGAGUCCAACGUCGAGUGCGCGUCGCAUAACGUGGAGGCGGCUGCGCACGAGUUGUCACAUGCCGCUAAUUACAAGAACAAGCUGAGGAAGAAGAAAGUGUACCUGACGCUCAUCCUCAUUAUAAUUAUAUCGAUAAUAUUAAUCAUCAUCUUCCACAACUGAACGGAAUGGAACGGGACGGGAAGGGACGGGACGGAACGCCUCUCACGUCACGCAGCCCGCCGUACCGUCGCGUACGCUUCAUCAUAUUAUCGUCUACAAUACGCAUUGAGUACUAAACUAUCAUAUAUAAAAAAAUUGUUAUUAUUCACUCGAGUGAAUGUAUAAUUAAUCAUUAAAACGUAAGAUUUAAUUAUAUAAAUGAAUUAUUGAGUGUUUGUGUCUGUGUAUAAUUAUAAUAUAAUAUGUUCAACAGUUUUUUAAAUUUUAUAUACAAACUACAUCAGAGCAACACCUGUGCUCACCGAGCUCAUAGUCAUAGUCUAAUGAUACUGUUUGUUUGAUAACAGAUUAACAUCGUUUCAUUAAUGAACUAAGUUGCGUGCUAUGUUUCGAAAUGAAUCUGACGCCCGACCCGCUCGUGCCGUCCGACAGGCGGAGUCCGGGGGGCGCGCGGGGGGAGAGUGUUACAAGUGCUAAUAUUUUCAUUCAUGUUGUCGAGUGUAGACUUGUUGAUUGCUUGCACGCCUCGCCUCGACCACGUCUCCCGCACGACGGGCCGAGUGCUCUCCUCGCACCGCACUCGUUCCGAUAUUUGUGUACAUUUACGUAGUUAAGUGUCGUUUUGUAUCAUACAUUGUGCACUUGCGACUUGGCGUUGCGUGAAAUACUAACAGCGCUAGAGUUAUUAUGUAAUAUAAUAUAUUUAUUAUAAUAGAGAGCCUAUUCUAAGAUAAAUAUAUGUAUGUAGUAAAUAUGACGACGAAACUUGGGCUUAAGUAACCCACCCCGAGUACUCGGCGACACUUGAGUUACCAAAGUUCAAUUUGGUUCAUAUAAACUUUAAAUUGUGAACUCAACUUGUAUAAACAAAUGUAACGGGAUUGAAUAAGUAUCGCCGUCUCUCUCUCGCGCGUAAAAUUAAAACGAUUAGCGCGUCACUUGGUCUGAAGAGUACAACAAUAACACAACAGAACGAACGCCAAUGUACAUGUAAAUAAGUGUUUGAGAUUUUUAUAUAGAAUGGGAGUAUUAGUUCAGCGAGUGGACGCGGUGCGGAGGGACCUGGCGCGGGCGUCGCUGGGUGUUGCUUAUUAAUAUAUUUUGAUGUUAACGAGGAACGCGUAGUUCGGCUCGAGGCAACUGUUUAGUUACAAUAAGCGUACUCGUAACCGACGAGAGUGAUAUGAUUUGCUUAACGAAAUUAAUUCAAACGUAAUACUAACAGUAGUAAUAAUCAGCAUUUAUUUACGAUACUACUGCACUAAUAAUAGGAAGUCAUGACGUGCAAGCCGUCCGCCCGUGUCUCAUGUUGUUUAUUUCAGUGACUGCAAUUUAUAUCGAUUUGAAGUCUUAUCUAUUGGAUUAAUUUAAAAUAAAACGAAGCAACACACAACAAGUAAGUCUGUCUGAAUAUCGACGUUUAGCAGGCUGCCUCUCAACGCAGACCGUCGCGAGUGCUGACCGUGUGAAAUAUACUUCUCGGCAGACGUCGCUCCAUGUGCGAUGUUAAUAUAUAGCGACGCAGUGACCAAAUAUUAUAUAUACAAAUGUCAACCGCUUGUGACGUUGUUAUAAUAUAAACCAUCAUUAUCGGCUAUGAGGUUAGGAGGUAUGAGGAGGCAUUUGUACUUAAGUGUAAGUAAGUAUCUUCAAUAUAUGAACUAAACGAAGUGUCGAACGUGAAAUAAUAUAAGAUACAUGUUGCUUCUAACAAUAUACAUUAUUACAAAGUAUAUUAUAUAAGUUAUGAGUACAAAUAUAUCGAAGAAAUUUUAGAUUUAUGACAAAUAGUUCACAAGGUACCGGAAUAGCGUAUUAAUAGUGUCGGUCGGGCCGUUGGCGUCACGAGCGCUCCGCCGCGGCUUGUGUGGUCGACUCCAUGAGUUACUAAUAGCGUUGGGAUGACCGGAAAUUGCACUCAAGUGAUGUACUACUCACCGGCUGGAAUGUUGACGUCGCUAACGAUCAAUCUAUAAAUUCGUCUCUCGUUUCAAAGCUAGAACUUGCCUCUAUCCCGCUGGCUCAAUUGCAAUGUAAAUAUUUUUUAAAACUAGUAAUAAUUUGUUAAUGCCACGUGGACACCGAGUGUUAAUGGUGGUUAGACAAUUAAUUGAUUAAAUGUGAUGUAUUGGGAUCGUUGUAGUUCGUUGCCCUCGUCGUACCCGUGACGCGCCUUACUAUCUUAAACGUUGGUCGCUCUCCGAUCAGCUGGAAUCGUGUACUUGUUUUAUAUAUAUUAUCGUGGUGCGGGCUGUUCAUUAGAUUCUUUGAUAUUAAUUAGCGGUACCGGCCUACUCGUAUCUGUAUUAAGUCACUCUGCGCGAGUACGUGCGUUCGAAAUGUUUACGGCCGCUGAUCGCGCGCCCGGUAGCGGUGUAUUGUUCGACAGAAGACGAAUGAAUCCACUCCAACGUGUAUACUGUAUUGCGUAUCCAAUACAUAACCCUUAAAAUGCUCCCAUGAGGCGUCGGUCAUCAACUAUUUGAGCUGCGGCCCCACUGGGCGAGCAGACGGCAGGGUAGACUCGUUGUUAUUUCAUACGUAUCGUUAUCCCCUAGUGCGCAUGCGAGGAGACCGUUAGGGUAGAUGUACAUGUACUGAUAAAAAAGUUUCAGAGGUCGCAUCUCGUUCAGUAGUCGCGGCUCUUCAAUUGGCGAAGCUUGUUCGCGCGUUUGUGUGAACUUUGAGCAAAUAUAUCAAACACGUGACGCCAAUCGCUGGGCCACUGGUAAGGUACUCACGUCCACGCUCGGCCCGUGCGGCUCUUGUUGUAGUGUGGCGCGGACCUGUUUGCGGGCUCGGUCAGUUCCAUAUGUAGAUGACGUCUUUGCAAUAUUUGCGAGUACACCAAAUAUACCUUCAAACGGAGCGGUAUCGCUACGCGAACACGCGAGCCAAGUGAAGCACCGUCUUUAGAGGUAUCAUACGAUAUUAACGUAGUGCUAGGUGAUAUGUACUUAAUAGACACACAGUGAUCUACACUGACACACACGCGUGUGUCACCUAUUAUUUAUAAUUGUCUGUGUGUUUGUUUAAGCUAAAAGUUAACUUUAUACAUGAAGUGCUUGUUAUCUCGAAAACAUAUUUGCCAUAUUAUUGGUUUUCUCCUGUGUGUGUUGUGAAUAAAGAUGGUGAUGUGAUUGUAUUUGGAAUUGUUAAAUGUUUAUGGUUAAAGCUGAACAUUUUAUAUGACAACAUAUUACAUGUAUGACGUGAGUAUUGUUUGUGACAUGAACACGCGACGACGCGGUACGCGGCAGGAGUUCACUCGUGUAGCGCAGGCACGAUGUUAUCGCUUGAGAGAACACAAACACGCACAGACAGAUACUCACGACAUAAUAUUAUAACAAUACGUAAAUGUAUUAUUUUUAUCUUUAGACAGUUCAAUUGAAAUGUUUUUUAAACUGUUGUAUAACAGCACGGCGCCGACUCGCUAAUUGUCGACGCGCGACGACGCUCGUGCUGUGAUCCGAUCAAUCCGAUCGUGCUAUCGCGAUGGGGACGGCUUGCAAUUUGAAAUAGCGUCGAACAAUUAGCGAGCCCCCUGUGAGUUUGAAAAUUAGAUAAAUGUAAGAUAUAAUAGUGUUUUUUAUAUUUAAAUGUUACGUUUAAUGCGCUCUGUUGUAUUUGUGCUACGGGAGCGACAGUGAGAUGAUAUAUAGCAAUAACACCUGAUAAAUAUAUAACUGCGAAGUAUGUUUACAGUAGUUUCGUGUAUUACCUUAUAUUAUAUUUACUCGUUUGACCGUUCACGCUCACAGUCACUCGUGUCACGUGAUCGAACAUUAUAUAAUCAUUGGUGAAUUGAUAUAUUGUAUAUAUAUAUAUAUAUAUGAAUGAAUUUAUGACAUAACACAUAUUUUGUAUAUUAGCAUACGAUUUAUAAAUAUAUCCGUUGUAUCAUAGCAAUAUCGCUGUAUUAUUUGAAACGUUACAAUGGGGGAACUUGUCUUAAAAUAAAACGCCAUUAAU